AUGGGCAGCAAGAUUCAGCUGGAGCAAGAAAACAAGGAGCGCGAUGCCGCGUUCAACAAGGCCAUGCACGGCAAGACUGCCGCCCAGGCCAAUGGCAUCGCGACGAUCCUCUUCAAGGACCCUGAGGCCAAGCAGGCGGCCCUUGACGAGUACUUCAAGCACUUUGAUGGCAAAAAAGCCGAGAACGAGACUGAUGCCGACCGCAAGGCGCGGACUGACGAGUAUGCUACUCUGACGAGACACUACUAUAACCUUGCUACCGACAUCUACGAGUACGGAUGGGGCCAGUCCUUCCAUUUCUGCCGCUUCUCCCUCGGCGAGCCAUUCUACCAGGCCAUUGCCCGUCAUGAGCACUACCUGGCACACCAGAUUGGCAUUCAAGAGGGCAUGAACGUCCUGGAUGUUGGCUGUGGUGUGGGCGGACCUGCGCGCGAGAUCGCCAAGUUCACCGGCGCAAACAUUGUCGGUUUGAACAACAACGACUACCAGAUUGACCGUGCGACAGCCUAUGCGGCGAAGGAGAAGCUCUCCAGCCAGCUGACCUAUGUCAAGGGCGACUUCAUGCAAAUGUCCUUCCCCGACAACACCUUCGAUGCCGUCUACGCCAUUGAGGCUACCGUCCAUGCUCCCAAGCUGGAGGGUGUCUACAGCGAGAUCUUCCGUGUGCUCAAGCCCGGUGGCGUCUUCGGCGUGUAUGAGUGGCUCAUGACGGAUAACUACGACAACAGCAACGCCGAGCACCGCAAGAUCCGCCUUGCCAUCGAGCUUGGCAACGGUAUCUCCAACAUGGUUCCCAUCCAGGAGGGACUGGAUGCCAUGAGGGCUGCCGGCUUCGAGCUGCUCAAGCACGAGGACCUGGCGCAGCGGCCCGACCCUAUGCCCUGGUACUGGCCUCUGUCUGGCGAGAUGAAGUACCUGCAGUCCAUGGGCGACCUGUUCACCAUCUUCCGGAUGACCAAGCUGGGACAAUUCUUCACGCACGGGUUCGCCGGCGUGAUGGAGAGACUGCACAUCGCGCCCAAGGGCACGCAGAAGACGGCGAAUGCGCUGAGCGAGGGUGCUGAUGGGCUCGUUGCCGGUGCGCGGUUGAACCUGUUCACACCCAUGUACCUUAUGGUUGGGCGCAAGCCAGCCAAUUAG